AUGAUUUCAAAAGGUAUCCCGAGUUCGAAAUCGUCAUGGGGUACAACGAGUGCGAAACGCCAAAUUGAACCCACUUUAAGCCCCCAUCAUCCCCUUGGGCCUGUAUUGAUAUGUGUUUACGGCAAUAGUCACAAGACUGUGAACGGGGCUGACCUGAAGCUCGCCCAGAAACGUGCCAAGGGCCCGGGCCCAGGGGUAUAUGGCGGAUAUAUAUGGCAGACCGUGUAUUGA